UUCUCUUCCCUCUGCUUCGCCUCAUUCUCACUCGCAAACCCUAACACUCCUUCUUCCUCUUCUAUUACUGCAACACAAUGCCGCCGAAGUUUGACCCAUCCCAGGUCGUCGACGUUUUCGUCAGAGUCACCGGUGGCGAGGUCGGAGCGGCGAGUUCGCUCGCUCCUAAGAUCGGUCCUCUCGGUCUCUCCCCCAAGAAGAUCGGAGAAGACAUCGCCAAGGAAACUGCCAAGGACUGGAAGGGCCUCAGAGUGACCGUCAAGCUCACCGUGCAAAACCGUCAGGCCAAAGUCACGGUGGUUCCCUCUGCCGCGGCGCUCGUCAUCAAGGCCCUUAAGGAGCCCGAGCGCGACAGGAAGAAGACCAAAAACAUUAAGCAUAAUGGAAACAUCUCUCUCGAUGACGUCAUUGAGAUCGCGAGGGUUAUGAGGCCUAGGUCUAUGGCGAAGGACCUUAGCGGCUCGAUUAAGGAGAUUCUCGGAACUUGCGUCUCCGUGGGAUGCACAGUUGAUGGAAAGGAUCCUAAGGACUUGCAGCAGGAGAUCACUGAUGGUGAUGUUGAGGUCCCUCUUGAUUGAGGAGGAAGAAGGCUUUGUUACUCUUUUUUCUCUUACCUCUGUUUGUUUCGUGUUUCUUUUUAUUAUAUAAAUUUGGGGAAACUAUUGAACUUUUUGUUUAAGUUUAUUUAAUGUUUUGGAUAAUUUAGAUGAUUUCGAGAGAUCUUAUCAUGGGCUUAUUAGUUUACAUCUGCUCAUAAAAUGAUAUGUUUUUCGUUAUAAUUUUGUCAAUGGAUUGUAGUCGAUUUUGCGUAUA